GCGGCGGCACCAGCAGCGCUGUAGCCCCGGCCGGGAGCAGGCGGCGGCAGCAGCGGCAUGGAGUGGCCGCCGCUAGAGGUUGAUGCUGAGGAUUAAGGCACCUCCUUGUCUCUCCUUGGAAUGUCUCACUGCUGAAGGUCCCUGACUGCCUGGUGUGUCAGACCUACCGAUGACUGGGCAGCGCAGAGUCUCCAGGAAAGCACUUUUAUUAAGGACUUCCUUUGAGGCACCCCUCUUCAUCCUCUGAGUAACGAGAUCUACGUCCCUCCCUCCGGGUGAGGGCCAGGCCUUCGGUGCCAUGGAUACUGAAUCAACAUACUCGGGAUAUUCCCACUACUCAGGUCACUCUAAAAAAGCCCACAGACAAGGGAGCCGGGACAGGCACAAGUCACCACGGAGUAAAGAUGGCAGUCGAUCAGAAAAAUCGGUCACCAUCCAGACACCCCCUGCAGAGCCACUGCUGGGGAAUGAGGCCUCUCGGACAGAAGAAGGCCAGGAUGACAACUGGGGUGAGACCACCACAGCUAUCACGGGUACCUCAGAACACAGCAUUUCUCAGGAGGACAUCGCCAGGAUCAGCAAAGAUUUGGAGGACAGCGUUGGUUUGGACUGCAAACGCUACCUUGGAUUAACUGUGGCAGCUGUACUCGGACUCCUUGUCUUCCUCACCCCUGUGGCCUUCAUCCUGUUACCCCAGAUCCUGUGGCGGGACGAUCUGGAGCCUUGUGGUACUGUCUGUGAGGGAUUGUUCAUCUCUGUGGCUUUUAAACUCCUUAUUCUCCUGAUUGGGACCUGGGCCCUGUUCUUCCGCCAGCCAAAGGCAGAUAUACCGCGGGUGUUUGUGUUCCGGGCUCUCCUGCUGGUCCUUAUCUUCCUGUUUGUGUUUUCCUACUGGCUCUUCUAUGGUGUCCGCAUCUUGGACUCCAAGGACACCAAUUACCAGGGCAUAGUGCAGUAUGCAGUGUCCUUGGUGGAUGCACUCCUCUUCAUUCACUACCUAGCCAUCGUGCUGCUGGAGCUGAGGCAGCUGCAGCCCACCUUCACCAUCAAGGUGGUUCGGUCAACAGAUGGAGAGUCGCGAUAUUACAGCCUGGGGCACUUGAGCAUUCAGCGAGCCGCUUUGGUGGUUUUGGAAAACUACUACAGAGAUUUCACGGUCUAUAACCCAACUUUGUUAACUGCCUCCAAGUCCCGUGCAGCCAAGCACAUGGCUGGCCUGAAAGUCUACAAUGUUGAUGGCCCUGGUAACAACGGUGCUGGCCAGUCCCGAGCCAUGAUAGCUGCUGCUGCCCGGCGCAGGGACUCCAGCCACAACGAGCUCUACUAUGAAGAAGCGGACCAUGAACGGAGGGUUCGAAAGCGUCGAGCCAGGCUUGUGGUGGCUGUUGAAGAGGCUUUCACUCACAUCAAGCGCCUCCAGGUGGAAGAGCAGCAGAAAGCUCCAGGGGAGAUGAUGGAUCCCCGGGAGGCUGCACAGGCCAUCUUCCCAUCCAUGGCAAGAGCCCUGCAGAAAUACCUGCGCACCACUCGGCAACAGCAUUACCACAGCAUGGAGAGCAUCCUGCAACAUCUGUCCUUCUGCAUUGCCAACAGCAUGACACCAAAGGCAUUCCUGGAGCGUUACCUCAACCCAGGCCCAACUCUCCAGUACGACAGGGAUCGCUGGUUCUCCAAGCAGUGGACACUCGUUAGUGAGGAGGCUGUCACAAGUGGAUUAAGGGAUGGGAUUGUUUUUGUCCUCAAGUGCUUGGACUUCAGCCUUGUAGUUAAUGUGAAGAAAAUCCCCUUCAUCAAGCUCUCUGAAGAGUUUGUAGACCCUAAGUCUCACAAAUUUGUUCUUCGCUUACAGUCUGAGACUUCAGUUUAAAGGGGUUGAGUGGGGGGGGAGGUGGUUUUUUUAGUUGUGCUUUUUUUGGGUUUUGUUUCCCCAACGCUGACUGAAACUGGCAGUUGAUGGACCAGUAAUAUUUGACCAUCUGCACUUUAUUUGGAAAGGGUGGGGGGAGGUUGGAAUAUCUAUCUAAAAAUAUCUUAAGAGGUGACAGGACACCUUGGCUUGGUUAGCUCGGCCUUUGGAGACAGGACGCGUUCUUUCUUGUUUUCCCCAUGUGUUUGUAGAUCUCUCUCCUUUUUUUUUCUCUCUUGCUCUUUCUCUCUCUCUGAACAAAUGCAGCAUCUGUAUUUUGUUUGGAAACCUGCAUUACAGUGAUUGGUGUGUGUGCGCAUCUGCUUCCUGCACAGGUCAGUUUCUACGGGAAUGCAUUGUCCAGCUUGUGUUUAUGGAAGCCUGUGUUAAUCUCGGAGACUUUGUAACUCGUUUUCAUUUAAGAAAGUGUGGUGCACAGGCGGAGAGGAGGUUGUUCUACAAAUAAGGCACUCCUGUGACUGAAGAAUUUUCCCUUAACCUUUUUGCUUCUCCAAUGAUGCCAGACCAGUAUGAGCCCUGGACCAGCAGGGCUGUUUUUUUCCAUACUUUUUUUUAGUUUCUGAAGUUGCUUCUAUUGUUGAUUUGUUGUUGUGACACUACUUUUUUGCAGCUAUUUUGGAUUUUUACCAGGUUGUUGUUGUUAUUAUUAUUUUAAUGAGGCUUCAGAGAUUUUUUUUGGCCAACAUGGUUCUCUCCCACAGCCUUUUCACCUCUGAUCCCUGUCCCACUAAUUCAAUGGGCAGUCCCAUGCUACCCCUGCCUCACAGCUUUCCAAAUGCGUUUCCCUAGCAACGGUACCUCCAGGGGUCAGUUUUAUUGCCUCGUCCCCACCCAGGGUUGCUAUGUGUUUGCACAGUUCGAGUGGUUGAGCUGGAUGGUUCUUAGGGAGAGGGUGUGGAGUUUACCUAUGUCUGACAGCCCUGCUGGGCACUCCCCUUUCUCCUACAGGAAUUUGGAAGUAGCACUCCAGAAGGCUUUGAACACACCUCUAGGAAAGAAGACAGGGAAACACUUAACCCCUCUUCUCAUAGAGAAGGAAUCUGAACAGGGCAGAACUACUAGAGUGCCAUAGUCCCUUAACACAGUAUAUUUAAAUACACUCAGUACAUUCCCCUUCUUCCUGCUCCUCCUCCCCCACAGCUAUUGCUGAGAGACCAAACUCUACCUGAAUGCUGAAACUGCCU